AUAUUAAAUGCAGUUCGUAUAUAGACCUUUUUAAGAUUGCUCGGUGUAAGCACAGCGAAAAGUCGUGCGGCUAGUCGACUAGUGCGCACCAUGGCGGGGGAUAGCCGUAACUAGCUGCAGACUUGGCUUGAUUCUUCGAAUCACCUUGUUGUUCGGCUCUAUGUUACUGUAGUCUGCUAGUGUAUUAAAAGAUAAAAAUGUCCGUUUUCAAGUUUCAGUCGUCUCAAUUCAAUGUCAAAAACACAAAAUAGUUGCAACUUCUUCCAUUGGCGUCUUCAUUUCUGGAGCAUUCACCAAUAUAUUUACUUCGAUGGCCAGUGUGAUCAGCGUCCAACGAGAAAUGAUGUUUGCCAUUAUAGAAAUCGCAAUAACGAAAUUAAAAAAUAAUGUCGAGGCCAAUAAAUUGCCAUGUUAACUCGACGCUGCGCGAAGACCAAAAAGGAUCUAUGGGCCAGUGUUGAACCAAACUUGCUUAGUCGCUCUACGACUGUGCUCUGACGCGGACGUUCAGCUCCUAUACCUGUUCUCUAUUGGUGUACGAAGAAGCUCUUCUUAAACAAUCGAACAACUAUAAACUGUGAAAACAAAAGACGAAGGGCAAGACAACAAUAGCCACCAUAUUUGAAGUUUCCCGGUUAUGACGAUGAGCGCCGUCAAUGGCGAUAAACGACUGACUGGGCACGAUCCGAUUUUCUUGUUGUUCGGAAACUCCAGCGUGAACGACGAAGGCAACACCAUAGCAGAGGACGAUUACGAUUAUGACAUCGAUUCUUCAUUCGACAAUUACGACUGGGCAGAGCUGAUUCCAGCCGUCGUCGUCUAUUCGUUCGUCCUUUUGCUGGGCAUCUCGGGCAACGGCUUGAUUAUAUUCACCACAGCUCGAUAUCGGAGACUCAAAACCAUAACUAACAUCUUUUUGGCCAGUUUAGCUUCAGCUGAUCUUCUACUUGUUAUCGUCUGUGUCCCAGUUAAUGUUGCCAAACUUUUCUCUUUCGCGUGGACGUUUGGCGUGUUCCUCUGCAAGUUUGUUCACUACAUGCAAAACGUAUCGGCCAUCUGCUCCGUCUUGACGUUAACAGCCAUGAGCAUUGAACGGUAUUACGCCAUCGUACAUCCAAUGCGUGCGCAAUAUCUCUGCACCCUGAGUCAAGCACGUAAAGUCAUCACAGCUACGUGGAUUACUAGCUUCGUGCUCGCCACGCCAACCCUGUGGAUUCAAGUACAUUUGCCAGUAGGGGUUCGCAAACCGGCUUUUUGGUGCGUUCGUGAUUGGGACAGCCCAAUCAGCUGGCAAAUUUACGAGCUGUACAUGCUUGUUCUUGUCCUUGUUUUGCCAUUGUCUAUCAUGGCUGUUACUUACGGUGCCAUUGGUCGCGAAGUCUGGCGUGUCACGUACCUUCGCUCUUCUAUGACCAAUGAUACGAAUACCGAAGUAGUUCCCGCAGUUGCAGAAGUUGUUGCAAGUUCAUCAGCUGCCACUGGCAACGAUAUUCCAUUGGAUUUGCCUGAUGUUGUCGGCCCGGAAACAAAUCAAAAGUUAAAUGGGGCCGUCCCCGAGAGAAUCCCAAUUGGCCGGCUAACUACCGCUGGCAGUCAAAGAGAGGCAUCAACGGGCAAGGCCAAUUCCGUCAAAGGCAGUAUGAUUAGGAAAAAUAAACGUCACAGUAGCAGCGCUAACCGCUUGCCACCGGCUUCGCAACGCGCACAAGCCGAUCACAAGACGGCCCGUCAAGUUGUCAAAAUGCUGGUGGCAGUUGUCAUCUUGUUUGCGGUCUGUUGGUCUCCGUACCUGAUCGAUAACGUGUUGACCAGUUUUGCUUUCCUGCCAAACACGAGAACCGGACCCAUGAAACACAUGAAAAUGGCUUUCCAUUUGCUGUCGUACAUCAAUAGUUGCUGCAACCCAUUCGUCUACGGGUUCAUGUCGAAAAACUUUCGUCGUGGAUUCAGAGCCGCGUUACGACUUCGCUCUCAAAGUUGCAUCCCUUACUUUUGCUUGUGCGCUAGUUGCUGUCAUCGUAAUCAAAGCAGGAACGUCAGACAGCGUUCGGUGUACAAGUUUUCGCACGCGUCUCACAACUCUCGUCUAACUACCCAAAUUCGUCUUCAGGAUACAGGGUACGUGCGGAGCAGUACAGUGGGCGGCGUGAGUCAUUCAUCGAUAGAAGCCGCAUCUGCCAUAUGAGCUUGUACCAUCUUCGAGAUUGUAAUAGGAGAAAGGUCGUCUGACUGGCAACUCUCCGAUUCCAUUUUGUGUAUAUCCGAUGAACGAUCGUCUUGGUCGAUAUUCAUUGCAACUGUGAAAUUUGGUUUUUGAUUGAAAUUUCGAAAUCACCGACGGCUAGAAACGUGUUUCAAAUGACAGCUGUUGAAUCCACUUCUCUCCUUUUAUGUUCACCUCAUGUGUGUCACCUCGAAUCAAAUUUCUCUUUCCGAAAAAAUACUUUCGACAAAAAAAGUACGGUAGAUUUGAUUGUAAAACAAACGUGUAACAUAUUGGCUUUGAGCAUUGUUUUUUUUGUUCCUGCUCAACGAUAGGAAUUGAUGCUUUUCUUGAAUUCCAUGUAAAUGAAACACAUUCCAAAAUUGAGCAUCGAACUGCAUGUGUGCGAGUGUUGUAUGAUGAUGUCUUACUAACAUUCUCCAAGUGGCGAAAAUGUGUAAUCACUCAUGUCCACUUGUUUCUUGUCGACGGGCUAAUUCGUCACCUGUGCGUCAAGAAACCGACAUUGCUGAUGGUCACUACAAACAUCAGCAGUUUUGCAUAUUACAAUAUGCCCUAACGUAUAUCCCCAUGUUUGUACUCGUUUAUUCAAUGUCGUUGCUCACACCCACUAUAUAUAAUAUUUCAGCUUUAGCGCCUAUGGCAGUGUUUGUACAUUCCUGUUUCUUGAUUAUUCGCUUUCAUCACUUGUCCAGCGUUUGAUGGCAAGGGUUUCUUUUUAAUUAUUUUUUUUUUUUUUUGGUCUUCCAUGCUGCGUACAAGCCUACACAUUUAAAAAAUGAAGAAACGAUCCAUUUCAUUCGUAAAUGCCUCUACCGACGAUUGACUUUUGACAGGCCGUCUCCAAGUGUUUUCCACACUCUCUCUAUAUGUGAUAUACGAAUAGUCGAAUAAUAAAUGAAAAUGGACCGUU